ACUGUUUCCUGCCCACCCAGCUCCCUCCGUUUCCUGCUUGGUCCCCUCUCCUCUUUCUUCUGUAUUGGGUCACAGAAGACAGCACCUGUAAUAGCACUUUGCCCUCUGCUACCUGGCUGCAACCCUGGGCUGCUGAGAAGGCAUACAGUGUCCUGGAGCCAAUCCCAUGGGAGAGAAGUCUUCAAUGAGAAAGAAGCUCCAUAACUCAGCUCACAGAAACUGCACUGCUUCCUGCCACACCCCUUUUUCUGGUAAGUGUGGACGUUCAUGCAGUAAAGAGAGCAUCAUGGUGGCUUUCAAAGGGGUCUGGACUCAAGCCUUCUGGAAGGCAGUCACAGCAGAGUUUCUGGCCAUGCUUAUCUUCGUUUUGCUCAGCCUUGGAUCCACCAUCAACUGGAGUGGCUCAGAAAACCCCUUACCUGUGGACAUGGUCCUCAUCUCUCUUUGCUUUGGACUGAGCAUCGCUACCAUGGUGCAGUGCUUUGGCCACAUCAGCGGUGGCCACAUCAACCCUGCCGUGACAGUGGCCAUGGUGUGCACGCGCAAGAUCAGCAUCGCCAAGUCGGUCUUCUACAUUGCUGCACAGUGCCUGGGGGCCAUCAUUGGAGCCGGCAUCCUCUACCUGGUCACACCUCCCAGCGUGGUGGGAGGCUUGGGCGUCACGACGGUUCAUGGAAACCUUACCGCUGGCCAUGGGCUCUUGGUAGAGUUGAUAAUCACGUUCCAGCUGGUUUUCACUAUUUUUGCCAGCUGUGAUUCCAAACGGACUGACGUCACUGGUUCAAUAGCUUUAGCCAUUGGAUUUUCCGUUGCAAUUGGACAUUUGUUUGCAAUUAACUAUACCGGAGCCAGCAUGAAUCCAGCUCGAUCCUUCGGACCUGCAGUUAUCAUGGGAAACUGGGAAAACCACUGGAUAUACUGGGUUGGACCCAUAAUCGGCGCCGUGCUGGCGGGCGCCCUUUAUGAGUACGUCCUCUGCCCCGAUGUGGAACUCAAACGGAGCCUGAAGGAAGCCUUCAGCAAAGCUGCUCAGCAGACAAAGGGGAGCUACAUGGAGGUGGAGGACAACAGGAGCCAGGUGGAGACAGAGGACUUGAUCCUGAAACCUGGGGUGCACGUGAUCGACAUUGACCGUGGCGAAGAGAAGAAGGCCAAAGAGUCGUCUGGAGAGGUCUUGUCUUCGGUAUGACUAGAGGGCAGCACUGAAAGCAGGAGAGCCUCCCUAGCCCUGGCCUCGGAUUUCCUGCCACCCAUUAAGGAAACAGAUUUGUUAUAAAUUAGGCAGGUGCGGGUUUCUCGUUUCAUGUCUUAUUUUACUCAGUUUAAACAACAUAUAUUUUACUAGUAUCAGCGGGGGAAGAAGAAACCUAUGAGGAAUACGACAUUUUAAAACAGAGAUCUUGUUUAAAAAGUAUCCCCGAAGCAAAUAUGCAAAAUAGUUUAUCCGGUUCCCUUUCGCUAAUAACAACUGAACAGGUGAACCAAGAUUUGGUCAAGUCUUGCCUCUUACAGAGCACGUGGGCACCUCUGUGAGGAAGCUGGCAUUGCCAGUCCUCACUUGAGAAGUGACUCCAUUGGACUGAGUUAACAAUGACAAAGUGUACCCUGUCACGGAGUCACGUGCAUUCAAGAGAAGAAUUGGAGCAAAUUCUCUCCUAAGCCAUCCUGUCCUUAUAAACUACCUCGGAAAGGAAACGAUUAGCAAAGGCCAUCGCUGAUAUUAGUAUUUAUAUGGCAAAUAUCUGAUUGUCAGAUCCCAACCCCAACUCAUUAGAAUCCUUCUUCCUCCCCAGAAUCCAAGAAACUAUAGGGCUAAAAUCAAAAAUAUCUGGAAAGAAUAUUAAUUUCUCUCCAUGCAUUAGUUCCAUCUAAAGAGACGUGCAUGCGAACAUCAGCUGAGGUUCAGGACAGCCAGACCUGCGGGGUCUGGUGGGAGGGGGAGCAAAGGUUUCCACAGUCUCACGGCUAUCACGAGGAGAAGGGAAAUCUGUGUUCUGUCGUCAAAUGACUGGUCUGUUUUCAGUGCACAUACUUAAUCACACCACACAAGAUUAACCGCCUAAGCUUGUAACUGCUUCACUUACUUUUUUAAAUUUAUUGGAAAAACUGGGGCAUUCGUUUGUCAUCGUGGUCUCUGUAACGAAACCCUCGCUGAGGUAUUUUGGACAGGAGCUUGGCUGGUUGAGUGCUGACUUGCUGUUAGUGUCCAAGUCCUGCUUAGUGUAGAAGGUACGAACUGGCCCUGCCCCACCCCAUCUGCCGACGUUGCCUCGCUUCCCACGGCAUCUGUUGGUGAUCACCACUGUGAGUAUAACGACACCUAUUUGUGUGAAUUGAGAUAUGCGGCCGACAAGGUGCAACGUGGUUGCCAAAUAAAACGGUGAGGAGGCUGGCUCUGUUUGAUGCUCCUAGGUGGCCCAUCUUUCAUAGUGCACAUCAGCUUAACGUGUUUUCCUCCUAUUUACCCUACUGCCUGGUUUACUUGUUAAAAUCAUUUGUUUUUCCACACCGCUUUGCCUUCCGCCAGGAGAAAGCUCUGUGGAAACCCCAGUUUCUACCAUCGUAACAGCCCAGCCUAGCGUUUAUCUUAGACAAUAGCACUGCAAAUGUCAAUUUCACUAAACAAAAGUUAGUAGUGGGAGAGAGAGAAGAGCCAUCUCUGGGAGGACCAGCUUGUAAAUAGCUGAUAAUCAAGGGCUUUCUUCUCCCAAGCCCAAUUCCAACUGUGUGUGACUUCUUAUUGUUAAUGGCAGUUUUGUGUCUGUGGCAGUGAGAUAAUGGACCACUAUUAAACCUGAUUCUCUUCGGUGCUAGGAAACUGAUGUGCAAGUUCCCAGACAGCCAUGAGGCUGGUGUGUGCCUCUCAAUGCCACCGGCACAUUUUCUGGUAGAUGCUGGAAGCACAGGUCCCUUUUUCAGGGCUUUGAAUAUACUACGCCACAGACAUAAGCACUCACAGAAACAGGGCAAGAAUCUUCCAAGCGUGGUUUGUGCCCAUUAUUUCAACGGUUUUCCCAAUAUACUACGUAGGCUUAAGAACAGGGUGCUUCGGUUGGUAAUAUCAAGCACCAACAAACAUGGGAGAUCAAAAACAAACUUAGUUAACAAGGAAUAGUUACGCCGCAGAUUUCUGAGUGCGCUUUCAAAAUUGUGGCCUGCAAUUGUUUUUAUUAUGCCAUAGUUUUCUUCGUUUGUGCUCACUUUAACACUCAUUUCCAAUGACAGCAUUCAAUAUGGUAGGGACUGAAAAACACAGAAUCAUGGCUUUGUGGUUUGUUCUUUAGCAGCUGGCAGAGUGCCAGGCACACAGUAGGUAAUCAAAAGUAGCAUGUUAUUUGAUAAAAAUAUUAUGACACUCAUUUGGGAUUUAGGAAUAACAAUAAUCUCUUCUAAUUUUUGUUUUGCUCAAUAUUUAAUGAAAGUAUAAUUUCUAGUGUCAUCAAAGGAAGGCAACAUGGAUGUGAAAACAGUAUAUUUUUAUAUUCUACUGUUUAAGGGCAGAGGAUAAGGGCUCCAUCACUCUUCCUCUUUGCAUAUGAGACAAUAUGUCUUGCAUUUCACUCAAGGCUCUGCCAGUUAAAAAAAAAAAGUAAUGAAAUUGUACCUUUCUAAUGACAUCUAUGCAGCAGGGGUCUAUUGCCUCAUGGAUGGCACCAAAUUAUCCAGUAUAUUAGGAGACCAGGGCUUUUUCCUUUAAUCCCUUCUUAUUAAUGAAGUGCAUAGCGCCGUUCCCCAGAGACAGCCGCUGACAGAUACACAAGCAGAGAGAUCAGAGAGGAAAGCUCAGGAAGACAUAAAAGAUUUAUAUGAGCAGUGGAACAAUGCCAACUGUCUGUUCCCUGAGGAGGAGAACACAGACAACCCCCAAAUUUCAGGUGGUCCAUAUACUGAAAAUGCAGUCUGUCAAAAACAGACUGUGAAAAGCAGAAAAGAAUCAUUUAGGCAGAUUUUGAGAGGAUUUUUUUUUUCUCGAACAUAAGACUCCAAUUUUAAAUUCAGGUUUCCUUUUUCUUACAAAAGUCCUACCCUUUCAUACUUAAAAAAAAAAAAAGUUUUCUGGAGCCUAAGUCACUGGUAAUUUUACAACUUGUUUCUGCCAUUUGAAACUACUCAUAAUUUUUUUUUCCCCUUUCAGCCAUCAGAGGGGUGUCCUGCCGCAGCUCACAGGCACUGUGGCCAGAGCUGCUCUCUGUUGGAGAUUCUAUAAGGAGAUUAGGAAUCUCUGGAAAACGUGCAUGAUAGAAAUGAGCUCACUUAUUAGAAGUCAGUUUCAAAAGGCACAACUCUUAAAGUGAAUCCAGGCAGUGUGGAACAGUCUAACCUCACUGAUGGUCGUGAACUUCCAAACGUGUACCUGAUUAGAGUGCUGGCAUUGAUCCUUGCGUGGCCCCUUGUUGCAUCCUGUUGACACUUCCCCACAAAUCACACAUCACAAAUCUGACAGAUAUACUGCCUUUGUGACAAGUGGAGGUCAUGGGCCGAAUAGACAACCUUAUAAAAACUACAAAAAGUUCUUAGCGUAAGACUUCAGGAUAUGUGAAUUUGGAACUUUCUGGAUCUGAAAGUAAUAAACUUUUCCCAGAAAACUCACAGAGUGAAAAUUAUUAGGAAAGAAUGGUUACGUACAAUUUGAAAGUGUAAUCUAACAAAACUCGCUCUCUUUACCUCAAAUUGUCUGAGUUCAUGUCUAGGUGUCAACGCUUUUUAGUACACCCUAAAUAACACAAACCUUUGAAACCCAUAAUUCUCAGAAAGAAAGGUUAGGCAUUUAACUUCAAAAAUCAAUAACUGUGGAUACUCACUUUUUACAAAUAACUACCCGUAGCCUGUGAAAAUAUAUACUGAAAAAAUCUGUACACCACAUGUCAUGAACACCAAAUUUAAAAGCAGUUAUACUGUAACACUUUUAAGUCAAAAAUCAAGAGCUGACUUAUAUAACCCAUUGUAAGGUAUUCCUAAAUUUUUUUUUCAAGUUUCAGGUUAAAUCAACAUAUAAUUUAUGGAAAUAUAUAAAUAAUUAUUUACCAUUUCAUGACCCAAUCAUAAUAACUUAUGAGAAACUAAGAAAAACAAAGUGAAUGUGUGGUUUUAUUCACAAUUAUUUAUUAACUAAAUAUUAUUCCAACAUUAAAGCUGAUGCUGAAGAGAUUUAAAUUGUAAUGUCUAAUAUUUGGAAAAAAUCUAUUAAAAGAAUUAGCAGUG